CUUCUUCUCUUCACUUUCCUCAAUUCCUCCUCCUGCCGCCACCGCCACCGCCACCGUCACCACCACCACCAUCUCCGGCUGUAUUUUUUUCUCCUCACAGUGUAGAGAUGAUUGAGGUUACAGCAUGCGGAGAGCAUUAAUGUUUGUUUAUGGGGAUGAAUUUGAUGCAGUAAUUACCCACACAAAGAAACAGUUAUAGUAGUAGAGAUGAUGGAGUCUAUGGAGUCGUCGUGUGUUCCGCCGGGGUUUCGGUUUCAUCCGACCGACGAAGAGCUCGUCGGAUAUUAUCUAAGGAAGAAGGUAGCUUCACAAAAGAUUGAUCUUGAUGUCAUCAAAGAUAUAGAUCUUUACAGGAUUGAGCCAUGGGAUCUUCAAGAGAAAUGUUGGAUCGGUUAUGAAGAGCAAAAUGAGUGGUACUUCUUUAGUCAUAAGGACAAGAAAUAUCCGACUGGGACGAGGACGAAUCGAGCUACGUUGGCCGGAUUCUGGAAGGCAACUGGAAGAGAUAAAGCGGUUUACGACAAGAAUAAGCUCAUCGGAAUGAGAAAAACCCUCGUCUUCUAUCGAGGACGAGCCCCGAACGGUCAAAAGACAGAUUGGAUCAUGCAUGAGUACCGAUUAGAAUCUGAUGAGAAUAACCCUCCCCAGGAAGAAGGAUGGGUGGUCUGUAGGGCAUUCAAGAAGCGAACCACGGGACAAUCAAAGAUGUCAGUUGUCGAUCGGUGGGAUUCGAGCUAUUUCUACGACGAACCGAGUGGUCCGCUCGAGUUCAUCUCAAGGCAAGCACCACCGCCACAAGGGUUGUUAGAGCAUAAUAAUAUCAUGUGUAAGCAAGAGAUGGAACAAGCUGAGAAUGUGAAGUUCAUACAAUAUAACGAUCCAUUUGUACAACUUCCACAGCUUGAGAGCCCAUCUCUCCCAUUAGUGAAGAGAUCAAGCUCCAUUUCUUUGGUGUCCGAAUGCAAUGAAGAAGAAGAUCCGCCAACAAAAAGAAGGUACUAUAAUAAUAAUAAUAUCAACUCAAAGGUGACGGAUUGGAGGGCACUUGACAAGUUUGUGGCUUCUCAAUUGAGUCAAGGAGAUGCAUUUGAAGGAGAAGGAGAUUCAAGAUUUGGAGCACAAAAUAGUAAUAAUAAUAAUAACAAUAAUAUUAUUAUUAAUAACAAUAAUAAUAAUAGUAAUCAUAUAAAUUCAGCAGACAUGGCGAUUUUAUUGAUGCAGAAUAGAGGGGAAGAUGAAGAGAACCUGUAUAAAGGGUUCUUAAGUUCAAACUCAGAGUCUGAAUUUGGAAUUUGCAUAUUUGAGAAAUGAAGAGAUCAUAUUGAGGGAUGAUUAUUUGGAUAAUAUUUUUAAUAUGUGUUAUUACGAGAGUUAUUAUAUGGAUCUUGGGAUCAUAUCUCUAUAAUGUACUUUUGUAAGAUAUGGUUGUGAAUGAGUGAAGAUAAAAACUCUCUUUUCUCUCUC